UAAAAAAAAUGAUGAUAUUAAUAAUUAAUUAUUAAAUGUAAUAAUCUUCCAAUACGAUUACAAUGUAUUACAUAAUAAUAUGCAUAGAUAAUUAUCACAAUGAUAUUUAAUAUUAUAGUUAUUACUUUAUACAUGUGUGAUUCGUGAAAAACAUUUAUAUCAGGAAAUACUUGCUAGUUAUCAUAUAAUAAAAUUAUAUAACAAUUAGAUAUAAUCAUAAUUUGACAUUAUAAUAUAUUGUAAAGUUAAUGUUUUAAAAAUUAACAAUGAACAGAAAAAACUGGUUGAUAGUUGGUAUCUCAGGAGUAACAUGUAGCGGAAAAAGUACCUUAGCUAAAGAACUACAUAGAAAGUUAGAUGAUUCUAUUGUAAUACAUCAAGAUAAUUAUUUUUUACCUCCACAUGAUCCAAGGCACAUUAAAAUUCCAACAUUAAAUCAUAUUAACUGGGAAAUUUUAUCAAGCUUGGAUAUGAACAAAAUGUAUUCAGAUAUUUUAAACUUGAUAGAGUCUAAGCCAAAAAAAUCGGAUAAAUCUGAAAAAAAGUUAAGACGAGUAUUAAUAUUAGAAGGUUUCUUAUUAUUUGGGUUUAAACCGAUCUCAAAUUUAUGCGAACUUAAAUAUUUUCUUACGUUGACCAAAGAAGAGUGUUGGAAACGUAGAAGCAUCAGAACAUAUUGUCCUGCUGAUGUUCCAGGAUAUUUUGAUGCUUUUGUUUGGCCAGAAUAUUUGAAACAUCUAUCAGUAAUUACACAAGAUGACCAGGCAUCUAUAGAAUUAAUUUUCAUUGAUGGAACAAUGAAGUCACAUGAAAUGAUUCAAAUGGUUUUAUCAAAAAUUCAAGAUUUGAUAGUAUGUUAAAACAUUAAUAUACUAUCAUUCCUAAACAAAUGCUUAUAGAGAUUAGUUUUUGUAUUAGCAACUACAACUGUCGUACUUUAUUAUAAGGAUAAACCAAAAGAAAAAGAAAAACGAAGAACAAAUUUAUUUCUACUUACAGUUCAAAAUAGAUUAACAAGAAUCAAUUAAAAAUCUUAAGUUUAUAUUUUUAUUAUUAAGCACAAAAUUAUUUGCGUAACAGUUUACUGUUAUCGUGUUAUUAAAGAUAUUACAUGCUUUGGUAAUUUCAUAUUUGAAACAUCUAAUAUAAAAAGACACUUUCAUUUUUCACUGU